CUGAAAAUUGAAAAGAGGUGGCCUGUUUGCCUUUGCCUUUGCCUUUGCCGGUGCGUGCUCCUUGCUCUUUCGUCCCACCUCCGCAUAUUGAGCCUAGGUUUUCUCCCGCCCCAUCAAAAAUUUGGUCUUCCCUAUUUAUUUUUGCAAAUCUAAAAUUAAAAUUAAUUAGUUUUGUGUGCAGUGCAGCUUCAUUUUUAUGGUUUUAUUUUAUUAUUAUAGGGAAACAAUGGUUUGUUCUACUUUUGUUUGUUUUUCUUAUUGGAAGAAAAAGCUAGAUCUGUUUGUUAAGAUCCACUAAUCCUAAGAAUUUAAGACCAACAAAAAAAGAGCCUCAAAUCAUUUUUAUCUGAUUCAAAACUGAAUCACUCAAAAUACCAACACAAGAUACACACAUACGUAGGCAUAUUUAAAAAAAUACGUACAUACAUUUAAAAUAUAGAGUGAGAUAUAUUGAAGCAUGUGGAGAAGGUUGCGGUGGUGCGAGGCUUUGAAGCAGGGCGUGUCUGCGGCCGUUGGGAGGAGGCUUCCGUCUUCUCCGCUGAACCCGCUGCUGUUGCGAGAAGCGACAUUGAGAACCAAUUCAGUAUUCCGUGGUACAAAAAGUUGGUUAUCUUUAUCAUCUGAUGCCAAUGCAACCUCAGAUUCCAAAAAGGCAGGAACAGGAGUGGACAGCGUAACAUUUGCGGAGGCCAAGAAGCUGAUGGGGCUGGUCAACGUGGAAUCACUCAAGACCAAGCUAGGGAUGGAAGGCAAAGAAGUGAUCGGCUACUCGGAGUUGUUAACGGCGUGCAAGAGCAUGGGCAUUGCCAAAUCUCUGGACGAGGCCAUCGCUUUUGCACUUGUUCUCGAUGAGGCAGGCAUCGUACUUCUAUUCCGCGACAAAGUUUAUCUUCAUCCUGAUAAAAUUGUCGCCUUACCGAACUUGCCGAGCUAGAUCAGUGGAGGAGCACACAUUAUCCUAAGAUGGUAGUUAUGUCCAAUUUGAGUCUAGAUUAUGUAGUAUGUACAUAAGGGCUUUCAGUUUACAAAUGUGUUGGAAAAAUCUCAGUUUGAAAAUGAUUUUCUUGCACAAUGGGAAAUUAAAAUUUUGAAAAAUUAUCUAGUUUGUGAUAUUUAUAGCAAUAAACCUUAACCAAAUUCAUACCC